AUGGGAGAAUUUUUGGCCAUUUCUCAGUCCUCCAUCGUGUUGCCUCACUUCCGCUUCCAAGCUUGGAGUCAAAGGCAGCAUUUUGUUGCUCAUAGUCAGCCUUUGAGGUCACUUCUUUCAUCUCUGCAUCCCUUGACUACCCCUUGCACAGUGUCUCUGAACUUCUCCACUCGAUCGAAGCAUUUAGUCAGAGCCAGUGUUGUCUCUGACUCUACAAUGCCGACUACCUUUACUGCUGAUUCAGCUGGGCCAGGAAUCGAUAUUCUGCCAGAGACAGGUGGCGGUGGAGGUGAUUCCGGGAGUGCAAAUGGCGGCAACAGUGGCGGCGGGGGAGAUAAUGGUGGAAAUAAUAAUAACGAUGGUGGCAAUGAGGACGGGUCAGAUGAAGGCAAAGAUCAUAACAGUAAAAAGAAAAUGGCCCUUUCUAUGUCCCAAAAAUUGACAUUGGGCUAUGCUUUCUUGGUUGGAGCUGGUGGCUUUAUGGGUUAUCUGAAGAGUGGCAGCACGAAAUCCCUGAUUGCAGGUGGAGUUUCUGCAGCCCUUCUGUACUCUGUUUAUGUUAUGCUUCCAACACAACCUGUUAUGGCAUCAGCAAUGGGUUUCGUCCUGUCGGCUGGACUUCUUGGAGUAAUGGGAUCUCGUUUUCUGAAAUCGAAGAAGAUUUUCCCAGCUGGUGUCGUCUCGUUUGUGUCUCUUGUUAUGACUGGUGGGUAUUUGCAUGGAAUAUUGCGCGUUGCGCAUUAGAUCCCCUAAAAUGAGCCAAGUAUUGGUCAACAGACUCAACACGGAUAAUCAUUAGUAUCUACUCUCUACUGUGAAUUAUAGUUUUUGUGUUUGUUUGAAUUUGGAUUUUGCUAUGUUUUCUCAGCUGUAUGCUUUCUAGUGAACACGAAUGAUGUAUCAAGGGCACCUUGUUUUAA